AUGAAUUAUCUGAUGACAUCCUUCCUAGGUUAUACAGAACUGAAGAAACAGGCCAGGAAGGACCUCGAGUCCAAGAUCUACAGUGAACUGGAAGCCGGACAAAGACAACCAGACUCAGCUGUGGAAGGCAGCCUCUCCCAGUUCUUCCAGGAGGUCUCCAUGAUCAAGCUUGAGAUGGAGGAUAUCUCGAACCUCCUGCUCGACCUCCGUGCCCUGAAUGAGGAGUCGAAGUCAGCCCUCAGUGCCAAAGUGCUCCGAGGUCUGAGGGACCGCAUGAAGUCUGAUUCAAUCUCGGUCCAGUGGAAAGCCGUUUCUGUGAAAACAAGACUGCACUCACUGGAUAGGUCCAACGCCACCAGCCACGAAGGAGCUGCGGUUGGCCAGACCAGGGCAUCAGUCACGAAUGGGCUGAGGACGAAGCUGGCUGGGAUGAUGAGGGACUUCCAAGCACUGAGGGAGAAGAUCAACUCGGACAGAAAGGAAGAGCUCAGAAGGAGGUACUUCAAUUCCACGGGAGAAGAACCGAGUGAGGAGAUGAUUGAGAAGAUGAUGGCCUCAGUCUCGGUCUCUUCGUCCUUCUCUAGGCCAGGGGAGAAGAAGAUUGAGUUUCUCGAUGGAAAGGAGAAGGAGAUGAAGGACGAUCACAAGGCAGGGAUGGAGAUACAUAGGAGCCUGGAAAAGCUGCACCAGAUCUUCCUGGACAUGGCAGUGAUUGUUGAGGCGCAGGGCGAGAAGGUCGAUGAGAUCAAGGACAACGUGGCAAGUGGGGGUUGGUAUGUAAGUGGCGGGACCGAUAGCCUCUACUAUGCAAAUCAGAUGAACAAGAAGAACAAGAAUUGGGUUCGUUGGGUAGGGCUUGUUGUACUGAUAAUACUUCUGGUCUAUCUUGUUUCUCUCUUUGCUUCGUGAGAGGAGGAGGAAUGUUUAGUUUUCGAGUUCUCGGGAUAGGAGAAGGAGAUUUCGUGUUGUGUUUGUUGUUUUUUCUGCUGUCAAACAAUAACGAAUAACAUUCGAGUUCUCAAAAUACUUGCCGUUCUGUGA